UGACGGUGAAAUAAAGUGCCAUGAGGUGGAGUCAAAGUUGAAAUUGGAAAGAGCUGUAAACUUUGCUCGUGUUAAAACCCCAACUUUCGACGAGAAGAUGUCAUGGGCCAACUACCAUAAACAGUUCGAAACAGCUGCCAGAGCAAAGGAAUGGUCUGAACAAGAGAAGGCAGUAAAUUUGAACAUCGCCCUUCGAGCAGACGCUUUAGAUGUUCUUCAGACAAUACCUGUGGAAGAGAUGGAUGAUUUUGAACAACUCAAAAAGAGACUAAACAUGCGAUAUGGCCACGAUCACUUGGAGCAUUUAUACCAGUCACAGUUAAAGAAUCGCAACAGAAACGAGACGAGACUUUUCAAGAAUAUAAAGUAGAUAUUGCCAGGUUUGUUGCGAUUUGUUUACCCAUCAGCUCCGGAAAACAUGAUGGAAUAUUUAGCAGUCCAAACAUUUGUUGAUGGACUCCGUGACCAUGAAGUGCAGAAAACACUUUGAUUAGCUCGUCACAAAACAUUGGUCGAUGUCUUGUCCGCUCUAGAGUAUGAGGUACUACGCAGGCUUCUGGAGGAU